GUCUCUAAUGGCUGAACAACAACAACUGUCCGCGAGAGACAAACUUUCACAAACUCCUUGUAAAACAAAAGAAAGUUGGAAAUAGAACAAUUGUUUCGGUUGUCUGACUCUUUAGGAGCGUUUGUUAGUUUAUUCCCUGUAGUUACAAAUGUGGAAUAAGUGAUGGAUUCGAGAUAUGACAUACCGCGGAGGGCCGCCGGUGGUGGCGGGGGAUCCGCGAACUCUUCCCCGGCCAUGGGGGCUCAGUCGCGCCGCAGGAAGAUGCCUCCCAGACCCGCUGAUUUUAAACUUCAAAUUAUCAUUAUCGGCUCCCGUGGUGUCGGUAAAACCAGCAUCAUGGAGAGAUUUACCGACGACACUUUUUGUGAAGCUUGCAAGUCGACCGUAGGAGUUGACUUCAAAAUCAAGACAGUGGAGCUGAGAGGGAAGAAGAUCAGACUACAGAUAUGGGACACUGCUGGCCAGGAGAGAUUCAACAGCAUCACCUCCGCCUACUACAGGGGCGCCAAGGGAAUAGUGCUAGUGUACGAUAUCACAAAGCAGGAGACCUUCGAGGACCUGCCCAAAUGGAUGAAAAUGAUAGACAAGUACGCCUCAGAGGAAGCAGAGCUCCUCCUGGUCGGGAACAAGCUGGACUGUGAGGCUGAUCGUAUCAUCUCCAGACAGCAGGGAGAGAGGUUUUGCUCUAGAAUAAGUGGAAUGCGCUUCUGCGAAGCUAGUGCAAAGGAUAAUUUCAAUGUGGACGAGAUCUUCCUGAAGCUGGUGGAUGACAUCCUCAGCAAGAUGCCUCUGGAAGUUUCCAACAUGGAGCUUUCCAACAGCGUCCUGUCUCUGCAGCCUGAGCCGGAUGUGCCACCGGAGUUAACGCCUCCUCGCAUGCGCUGUUGCUGAGAGAGUCAGAGUGGUCCCCCAUCCUACACACACACACACACAACACACACGCACAUGCACACACACUACACACUACACAAACCACACACACAUGCAGAGUACCAACCUGGCCACCAGGGGGCAGCAAACAGCAGCAGUUAGGAAUGAUUGAUUGCUGAUGUAAGAUGCAUGGACUCCUCUCUCAACAAACGCUAUUAUAUUUUCUUCUCCUGUUUCGUACACUAUGAGAUGAAGUACACUAACAAUUAGGCCAUCUAUUUACUACCACCCCCUUCUGUCUACACUUGACCCAGACUACCUCAUUCCUCGGACCGCUAGCUGUUCCCCGCAGGUUCCUUCGAGGUAGAGAGCCCUCUGGUAGCAGUUGCACAUUUUACAAGAGGGUGAUGAUUGAGGGCCUUACAGCUUCCUGUUACUCAUUACAUAUAGUGUACACUAAAUUCGCCUAAGUUGCCCAGAAGGCCAUGUAUUUCUACAUCUUCUAGCUAACAGAAAAGGGAUAUCUUGCGUCUCUUCAUCUUAGUUUAAAGUUCUGGGGUUAGGUACAGUCAUUUUGUACUGUCACUAAAAGUUUCUAAAUCACCAAGUAACGAGUUGACUUGGGGUAAACAAAAGCACAUGAUGUAAAUAUGGCGUGUUGCUGUAAUGACUGGACAAGCUGCAGAUUUUCUUGGCCGGCAGUAGGUGGUUGUGUGGAGGUGGAUCAUAUCAGUUCGUAUUCCUUUUUGCCUUAAAAGUGUUAAAGUGUCUGGAACGGCUCAUUUCACAUUUGUAUAAAUUGUUUUGCACUACAGUCCAUCUUAGCUAACAUGCAGAAAAAAGUGCACUACAGUCCAUCUUAGCUAAGAUCACAUGCAGAAAAAAGUGCACAACUUGUAGUUUAGUAAAGAUGGAUUUUGCCUUGGUAGUGGUCGUUCUGAUCCUCUACACUGAUAAGGUGGAAUGGAGUUUGCAAGGAGAGAUGGGUAAUGUAGUCUUUGAGGGAUUGGUGUUUUUACAAGGGCAUAGAGAACCGCAGUGACGCGUCCUAAAACCCGGAAGUAAACUUCUUCCGGUUCCUUCGACAAAAAUGCAAUGCAAUUUCUCCAUAGGAUUUUGGAAAAUA